ACCUAUUUUCAUGAGGUGCUCUACUCGGGUGAAGUCAAAACGAGAGAAAACAUUUCCCAAAAGAGUAUGGAUUCCUUGGGAAGGCUUUCUCGGUGGGCUGCACGACCCGCCCGGUCGUCCCGCAGGUGUCGGCUCCCCCGGCCGCAGGUCAGUACGGUCGGUGGCUGUGGAGCCGGCGGGCUGCUGGCCGUGUGCGGGCGCCUGGUGCCUCCCCGGGCGGGAGUGCGGGGGGCAGCCGCGAGGGGGUUGGGCGGAUAGCCGGUGAAGCACGUUGCUUAUCCUAAAAUCGAGCUCUAGGUUGGAGCUGUACUUGAGUCCAACGCCGCGCGGAGCAACGCCCGGCUCGCUCUGCCGGGGACGCAGGUGAGGAGGGCGGGGAGCGCGGGGCGGGCCGGGGCGGGCGCAACUGAGCGCGGCGUGCCGGGCGGGCCAUGGCGGUGGGGCUGGAGGAGGCCUUCGGCGCGGCGGGGGAAUUCGGCGGCUCGCAGCGGCGCCUCACCGCCCUGCUGGUGCUGCUGCAGGUGUACGUGGCAUGUCAGUCGGUGCUCAUUGUGCUGGUGGGCGCAGUGCCCCAGUACCGCGUGGAGCGAGCAGCGGCCGCAGCCAGCGGGGCCCAGCGUGUCCACUUCCUGAGCAACUUCACCUCCAUCGUGACCGAGUGGUAUCUAAUUGAACAAGAAGCCUACAAAGUGAGCCUUGCAUCAUCCCUCUUUUUUGCUGGAUUGCUUAUUGGAAAUAUUACAUUUGGCCCUUUGUCAGAUAAACUGGGCAGGAAACCAGUAUAUAUCUCAGGUCUAUUUUUUGAUAUCAUUUUUGGGUAUGUCACAGCAUUAGCUCCAAAUUAUGGCAUAUUUGCAGUUUCACGUUUUCUUGUUGGAAUUGUGAAUGGUGGAAUGGCUCUUGUGUCUUUUGUCCUAACACAAGAAUAUGUAGGAAAAUCAUUUUGGUCAUUUACAGGUUCGUUAACUAACUUGACGUUUGCAGUCGGCAUAGCUGUUUAUGCUUUACUGGGUUACUGUGUAAGAGAGUGGCGCUACCUGGCAUUGGUAUCCAAUACUCUGGGAGUCAUCUUCCUCCUUCUUUCUUUUAUGCUUCCAGAGUCACCACGAUGGCUGUACUCCCAAGGGAAAACUGCAGAAGCUGAAGAUGUGAUGCAGUAUAUCGCUCUUGGCAAUGGAAAAGAAAGAUUAAAUAUAAAAUUAAAACCAAGCGCAGGAACUUUGCGGAAGGACGAAUCACCCCCUGGCAUCCUACACUUAAUAAAACACCCAGUCCUUCGGUGGCGAACCAUCAUACUCAUGUACAUCUGGUACGUCUGCAGCUUUGUAUACUAUGGGCUAACUUUAAAUGCUGGUGAAUUAGGAGGAAAUCUUUAUUUAAACGUUGCUCUUUAUGGUCUUGUGGAAGUUCCAGCCUUUCCACUCUGCAUGUUCUUUAUUGAGAAAUCUUGGUCUGGAAGACGUAAAACUAUGAUGUGGUUUCUGAUAUUUGCAGGAUUUGCCUGUAUAUUUACCAUGUUCUUGCAAAAAAAUUCUGGUUUGCUCCUCAGUCCCACCUUGUUAGCUUUGUGUGGAAAAAUGAUGGUGAGCGCUGCUUUCAACAUUGCUUAUAUUUAUACAUCUGAACUGUACCCAACAGUGCUGAGAAAUGCUGGCCUGGGGGUCUGCUCCAUGUCUUGCAGAUUUGGGGGCAUUUUGGCUCCAUUUGUGCCAACUAUGAAGUCUCUUAGUCCUUCUGUACCGUUCGUGGUGUUUGGAAUCAGUGGGCUGUCAGCGGGAUUCCUGACCCUCCUCCUCCCUGAAACACUGAAUAAGCCAAUUGCAGAGAGCAUUGAAGAGCUCCAGAGUCCCAAAUACAGAGUGCUUAAAAACGAGAAGGCUGAGCAGACCAGCUAGAGGAAAACACAUAAGUUUCAGAAGGUCUCUCAAUGGUGAAAAAUGAAGCCUCCAUUGAGAAGGUGCUGCAGAGCUGAAGGGCAGAGUCUGGUUGGAUGUAUCUGAGUGGGAGUGUUGGAGCACUCACGUAUAAUGCUGUUUGUAGCACACUGAACAGUUCUAUGUGGAGACAAGCUGAGAAGAUGGAAGAAGCUGAUCGAAGCUUGGGAGGGAAGAGGUGACAAAUAUUUGCAUUAAUGUAAAGACUUAACAAAACCAUGCUUUGGAUGUUUGGACUUCUCUGUGGCUUCUAAAAAUGAAGUAUUCAAUUAAUUUAUGUUACAAACUAUAAUUGCUAGCUUCAGAUUAAGCUAUAAUGCUGCAAGUGAAUUGAAUCAAUGUGUAUGAUAUCAAAAUUCGAUGGUCUUGCAUAUUCACACAAGCUGCAGUUGUGGAAAGUACCAGUGUCCUGUAUAUGCUAGUUUUCUCCAUAGAUUUGCCUCUAAAUUACAGAAUACCUCACAGUGUGAAGAGACCAAGGAUUUUCAUGUGUUGUUGGCCUUGGUAUGUCCAGCAUAAGAAGCUUGAACAGGAGAAUAAAUGGAUUUCCUUGUGAGAAGAAUUUUUUGAUACGGUUGAGCAUGAAAAGCCAUGUUGAAGUUACAGUAGCACUGUAAUGGAAAAGUGAUAUCAAACCUUUAAGAGGGGGGAAAAGGUACAUUUACAGGAGAGGAUAAGUAGUCUUUUAGUCAAAGUUUAUUUGGUUUAGCUGUAUGCGUUGAUCUGGAAAUGAUCAAAUGUGUCAUAUAUUGUAUAAUACAUGUAAUAAAAUAAAUUUUCCAUAUGGAUUGGACAUUCUUCCAGUGCUUAGGUGAUGCUGACGUAAGGGCAGAUUGUGUGUGCACUUAUUUUCUGGGGCUGAAGCUUGAUGGCAACCAACCUAUAGAAUAUGCUGCAAACCUUUACCUUCUGAUUGACUUACUCAGCAUUUUUGUGAUGUGUAACUGAGGAUUAGAACUGAGUUUGUGAAAAUUGUUCUGAAUAAUAUUAAUGCCUUCUGUUGCAGUAACAUUUAUAACCACAGCGACUAAUUAGACUUCUUAAAAGGAUAACUGUUUCAGCAGAGAUAUGGUAAAAAAAAAAAAAAAAAAAACAACGUCUGUUACUGUUGACUUAUUUAAUUACAAGGAAUAACAUUUAAUAUGAAAUAGAACAAUAUCAAGUUGUAUUCCCAAGGCUGAGAAGAGACUGGAACAGGAGGAUCGUGAAGGAUCGUAUGGUAGGAAUCAUUUCCCCAUCCCGUGCCAUGUUAAGUGGAUCAGCCUAUACCAGAGCAUUUUUUCCUCUAUCAUUUCUUUUGCAUCCUAUGAAAAAAGAAAACCAACCAAAAAAAAACAACAACCAGGAAAUGAUGAUCAUUUGCAUUUUGAACAUGCUUAUUUCUGCUUCAUUUGUCCAGCAAUUAAUGAUUUAUUUGCUUGAGGAGACUUGUGUGAAUGUGGUGGCUUGAUGACCAGAAAGCUGUGUGUCACAAAUAGAAGUUAAUGAUCUUUCCAACAGCUGUGGCGUGGUCUCACUUGUGCAUGGUGCCUGCAGUUCUUGUGCGUGGGCAGCUGGGUGGUACUUUGUCUCCAACAUCCAAAAGACAAUAUGAAGGGGAACAUCAGCUCCCCUUUUUGUUCUUUUCAGUUCAGUUUAACAACUGGUUUGCAUUCUUAAGCUUAAUUUGUAUAUCUUUGCUGUGUUUUGCUAUUGCUGGAUAAAAAGAUGCCAUUGGCAUGGAGGAGACUGCAGAGUAUUUUACCAGUUGUAUGUUUAGAAAUAGAGAAAUGUUUUUAUAGGUUUAUAAAAUGGAAUUUCAGUUGGACUAACAUAGUGCAUUAUGUCUUACAGGGCACUAAAGAAACCAGCUGUUUCUUUACUUAUCAUUACUAUAUACAUGUCAGCAAAUCAGAAAAAGAAGCCUUUUUUGUCAAAUAACUGUUUGGGUUUUUUAGUAGAUAUUUUCACUUAAAGCUUCUUGCCUUGUAGAAUUAGAAAUUCUUCAUGUGAAACUACUUUUUCCCAUUAAUUCUAAUGAAGACAAAGCAGUUUGGGGGAGGGAUACCCUAAUAAAUUCUUUACUCAGGAUGGGACUGUAAUCCAUUGCUUUGUGUUUCUGUAAAAAGAAUAAAGGGAGCUGAGUUAA